AUGAGUAAACCUCAAAGCCAAGCCGAACUGCCAUGGUACAGGUACUCGAACGUCUUCAAUAUCGAAAACACCGGCCAUACCGUUAUUGUCAAUUGCAAAGGAACCCGGUUCAGCCUUCACCUUGGCAUCAUCGGUGAACACUCAGAGUACUUUCAAAGAUGCUUCAAACACCCUUUCAAAGAAAGGGCUUCCGCAGAAGUCACGAUCGACCACCUCGACCCGCAGACACUGGGCGUGUACUUUAAUCUAGUCUACCGCCUCGCCUCGCAGCCCGCCACGACGACAACAACAACAAGCAAAGGCGAUCGCGCAGCCGCUCCGCAUCUCGUCAUCCCGACCUCCUUCUGGUACGACGGCACCCUGUCACAGAUCAUCAACCUCCACGACACGUGCGAUUACCUCCUGGACGCCCGGCUGAUGCAUUACGUCCGGGAGACCAUCUAUAAUUUCCUCAACUACUGGCGCCAUCGCAGCCAGAACUCCCAGCGCUCCGGCAAACUCAUGACUUUCCGCAGCUUUGCGGAGGCGUACGACCUUUGCGACGGCGCGGGAGCUCUUCCAGGAACGGAUUCUCAAGGCGUUCACUUCUGGUGUCACUCCGAGCGAGUGGAAGUCGGAGGCGGAUACCAUCAUAGGCCACCCAAAAUUCGUGCUCGAGGUCAGCAAGUUAUUUAUCUCGAAGCUGGUACAGCUGGGCAGAUUGAAGGAUAUGAAUUGACGGAUGAUUUCUGUUCGAGAUAA